AUGGCGGCGGUCGACUGCGCGCCGCAGUUUCGCGAGUUCCAGUGGCUGCCCGAAACCGCCAAGGCGCUAAUCGCCGCGUCGCUCUCUCCGAAGGAUGCCGUCUCGCUCGCUCUCACCUGCAAAGACCUCCGCGGCAUAGCGCGCCCCUUCACGGCGCGCGAGUUCGCCUGCAAGGCAUGCGGCGCGCGCCUCUUCACCCCGCGCGCCCUCAUCCCCUGCACCACCCGCCCUCCUCCGCCUCCGUCCUCGCUGUCUCUCUCCCCCGCGGGUGCCUUUCGCAGCAGCAGCAGCGGCAGCAGCCGCGCAUCACCCGCCGUCCUCCUAUUUCCGUCCGACGCUUCUGCGUCGCCGCCAGCGGGAGCGCCGGCGGUGCCGCUGCUGUUGCUGCUGGACGAUGGCGCGGCGGCGUGCGUGCAGGGGGGGGAGGUGGGGGAGGGGGGAGCGAUACGCGCGCUGCACUCCAACGUGCCCUUCAUCGCCGUGCCGCGCCUCUCGUGGGGGCGGGCGUGCGCGCAUCUGAUGGACGCGGCCACGCUGCACUGUGCGCGCUGCCUGCUCUUCCUCGGCAUCCAGGUCCGCACCGUCUUCCCCCGCCUCGCCGCCUCCCCCUCCCCUCCAUCUUCCGCCUCCCCCUCCCCCUCCCCCGCCCUCGCCCCGUCUCACCUCGACGCCGCAACACCUCCCCGCGGAUCCUCCCCCACCGCCGCGUCUCCCGCUCUCCUCCCCAGCGCGCCUCCGUCCUCCCGCGAUGCUGCUAGUGCCCCAUCCGCUCACGCUCAUGCCACGGCCGCAGCAGGCGCAGCAGGGGGGGCAGCGCAGCAGCAGGGGCUGUAUGCAGCGGAGGCGAAGGCGUUUCUGGUGCGCAAGUACCUGGACCUCGUGCGCCCUGACUCCUACCCGGGACUAGCCCGCGCUGCCCCCGCGCCACCACCACCAAUGCCGCCAGCUGAACCUCUAGCAGUGGCGGCGGCGGCAGAAGCGGCAGCGGUAGCGGCAGGGAGAGGAGGGCAGGGGCGGGUGCACUUGUAUGCGGACGGGCUGUCAGGCGAGGGAGAUGGCAGGCACGCUGUGCUGUGCUCUGGGCGGCGGGGACACGUGGGGGGUGGCAGUGGCGCGCAGGGCAAGGCGCCGUGCCUGAACGUGCUCUUCCACUCGCACCAGGUGUUGAGUGCGCGGCACUGCUGGGAUGCGGGCAGUGGCACGGAGGUGGCGGUGUACUGCAACGCGCUGCACCCGGGCGCCUUCCUGCUCGCCCCGCCGCGCACCGAGGAGCUCGCGCAGGGCGCCAUGCAGAUCGCUGACGUGGCGUGCGCCAGGUGCCGUGCGCCGAUUGGGUGGAAGUUCUGCUCACUUGGGGGGCAUGGCACGGACCUGAGGAACUUGAACCAGGUGGGCAGGUUCGGCAUCGUGCUGUCUUCCAUUCACCGAGGCAAGGAGUUCCUCCCAGCCUGGAGGGCUGCUUCGUAG